AUGAAUCCGAUUACUUCCAUCUUGGCCUGCCUCACAGGCAAAAACUCUUCAUCUAAAGCCCCUCCAAUUCGCGAGAUGAAGACCAACGAAAAGACCCUCAUCACUUCUCAACCCAUCCCGUACUCCGACGAUGCAGCUGAUCAAUUCGUCGAUAUCCUCAGCACCCACGAAGGCACCAAAGAAGAACUCCAUCAUCGUCUGAAGCAAGUUAUUUCGACUAAUGGCUGGACCGAAAGCCUCGCCGAGGCAAUUGAGCACAAGAUCGAGAAGCUCAUCCAAGACGGCGCAAAGUUAGCAAAGCCCAUGGCCGAAGCAGUCAAAAAAGCCACAGAAAUAGCUUGGCAAUUUGCGAAAGAACAUCCUGUCUACGCCGCUCUCAUUGCAGCUGGGACCAUCAUUGCUAUUGCUGUUUUGGUAGAGUUUGAUCUUGUCUGGGUGCUGAGAGCGUUGGGUUUUGAUCCAGUUGGGCCUCGACUUGGGAGCUUUGCGGCGCGAUGGAUGAGUAAGAUCGGGCAAGUACCCAAAGGGUCGAUUUACUCUUACCUUCAGAGAUUGGGGAUGAAGAUUGCAAAGUGA